AUGGCCGAGACCGAUAAGAAGGCCAUCACCCAGAAGCAGGGGACUGCUGCACCCACCAAGGCCUCCAUCGCCUCUAGCUCUCCGUCUGCCCAGAAGCAGGGAACUGCCGCACCCGCCAAGGCCUCCAGCGCCUCUAGCUCUCCGUCUGCCCAGAAGCAGGGAACUGCCGCACCCGCCAAGGCUUCCAGCGCCUCUAGCUCUCCGUCUGCCCAGAAGCAGGGAACUGCCGCACCCGCCAAGGCUUCCAGCGCCUCUAGCUCUCCGUCUGCCCAGAAGCAGGGAACUGCCGCACCCGCCAAGGCUUCCAGCGCCUCUAGCUCUCCGUCUGCCCAGAAGCAGGGAACUGCCGCACCCGCCAAGGCUUCCAGCGCCUCUAGCUCUCCGUCUGCCCAGAAGCAGGGAACUGCCGCACCCGCCAAGGCUUCCAGCGCCUCUAGCUCUCCGUCUGCCCAGAAGCAGGGAACUGCCGCACCCGCCAAGGCUUCCAGCGCCUCUAGCUCUCCGUCUGCCCAGAAGCAGGGAACUGCCGCACCCGCCAAGUCUUCCAGCGCCUCUAGCUCUCCGUCUGCCCAGAACGACGCCGGUCAUCAGAAGUCCGACUCCUCUCCUGGCCAGCAUCAGCCUAAUGUCACUCCUCGCCCCACAAUCCCAAUUCAUCCCGUUCUAGCCAUGGUUCGGCCCAUUCUGAUACAUCAUCCUCGUACGGGCCAGCUCACACCUGUCUGCUGGGACGGAAGCCCCCAGGCCAAAAUCAUGCUCCAAAUGAUAGUUGCUGCCAAAAGGGAAGCUGGACUCUUUUAA